AUGCUUGGAUUCCAGUCAGACAGGAUGGACGCUGAAGUGAAUUUAGUGGCGGUUGCGAUCCUGUCCCGGGGAAAAUGUGGCCUCUCCAUCUGCUCCAGUCGCUACCUGGUGGCCAUGGCAACGGCGGACCUCAUGGCUGUUACCACUGCAGUCGUACUGAGGAGGAUCAGUUAUUAUUUCCCAGGAUCCUUUUUGGACAUUUACCCAGUGUGUAGCAUUAUCUUUGUAGUUCUGUGCAUAUCUAAAGACUGUUCCGUCUGGUUCACCGUCACCUUCACCUUCGAUCGAUUUGCCGCCAUUUGUUGUCAGAAGCUGAAAACAAAAUAUUGCACCGGGAAAACUGCGGUUUUGGUUCUGAUGACUACCUGCGCACUGAUCUGUUUUAAAAAUGUUCCUUACUAUUUUAUACAUAAACCAGGGACACUGAUUAAUAACGUAUUUUGGUUCUGCAAAUUACGGGCAAGUUAUUACACCGAGCAAGGAUGGGUGGCUUUUGAUAGUUUGGACAGGAUUUUAACUCCCUUGAUCCCCUUUGCUUUAAUCCUGCUUCUCAACUUUCUGACAGUCAGACACAUCCUAUUGACCAGUCGAGUGCGCAAGGCAUUAAGGGGUCAGAGCAAGGGAGACAAUCGGAGUGACCCGGAGAUGGAGAGCAGGAGGAGGUCGGUGAUCUUACUCUUCUCCAUAUCCGGCAGCUUCAUUCUACUGUGGUUAUCGACUGUUAUUAAUUUCUUAAAUUAUAACAUUUCUCAAACAGAUCCCAACAAUUUCAGCGACUCUGAAUAUAUCCUGGAUCAGGCCGCGUACAUGUUGCAGAAUUUAAACUGUUGCACAAACACAUUUAUUUAUGGGGUGACUCAGGCCAAAUUCAGAGAACAGUUCAUCAGCGCAGGGAAAUACCCUGUGACGUCACUGCUGCGAUUCAUUAACAAACUAAAGAACUGA